GUCACGCAUCGGCUACACACACACACACACACACACUGAGGAGCGGGGAUCUCUCUCUGUGCGCAGUGCGGAGCUGAAAACAUGAGCAACGUUGCAUUGAUCCUCAGGGGUUGUGCAUGAUGCAUUAGACACACACAGGUGUGAUUUGACGGAGAUCAUGCGUGCGAUGCGCUCGGGCGUCUCUUCGCGAGGAAAGUGUCUUCAUGAGUGUCCAAAGUAACAGCAACAGCAGUGGAAGUUUGGACGGAGCGCCAUCUUGCUCUCAGUUCUCGACUGGAUCUCCGACCCCGGGCUCAGUUUCUCCGCUCGAUAUCUGCGCUCCGCGGAGGCGAAAGGAAGGUAUGGAUGAGCUGCAUUCUCUGGAUCCGCGCCGGCAGGAGCUUUUGGAGGCACGUUUCAUCGGAGCAGUUAGUGGAAAUACAGGAGGAAGCACGGGGAGCGCGAGCGGAGGACCUAAAGGUUUGAACAAUAACGAAUGUUCCAGUCACAGUUUUGGCAGCCUGGGGUCAUCUAGUGACAAGGAGUCUGAGAACUCUGACAUAAAGAAAGGAGGAUCGCCUGCAUAUUCCACUCCAGAGAAGAAGCACUCCGAGUCAUCCAGAGGAAAAAAGAGGAAGGUUGACAACCAAUCAGAGAGCAGCCAAGGAAAGUCUUCCGGCCGAGGGCCCAAGAUCAGCGAUUAUUUUGAUUUCCAGGGAGGAAACGGAUCCAGUCCAGUCAGGGGGCUUCCUCCGGUCCUGCGCUCGCCACAGAACUCUCACUCUGCACCCGGCUCUAUCGUGAGACAGAACAGCUCCUCACCCACCAGCCUGUGUUUCAUGGAUCCCACGAUGAAUCCAAAACAGCUGAGCAGCAGAAGUGUCCAGACGGAUUUGACACGGUUGAAACUGGCUGCACUUGAGAGCAAUAAGAAUCUUGACCUUGAGAAGAAGGAGGGCAGAAUAGAUGAUCUACUCAGGGCGAACUGUGACCUCCGCAGACAGAUAGAUGAGCAGCAGAAGCUGCUGGAACGUUUCAAGGAGCGUCUGAACAAAUGCACUACGAUGAGUAAAAAGCUGCUCAUUGAGAAGAGCACUCAAGAGAAGCAGUCCUGCCGUGAGAAGAGCAUGCAGGACCGGCUGCGUCUGGGGCAUUUCACCACGGUCCGGCGCGGAGCGUCCUACACCGAACAGUGGACAGACGGAUAUGCCUUCCAGAACCUGGUCAAGCAGCAGGAGUGGAUAAACCAGCAGAGGGAAGAGAUCGAGAGGCAGCGGAAACUUCUAGCGAAGCGCAAACCUCCCAGCACACCCUCCUCCCAGAGUCCGACCCCCAAUGAGUCCAAACAGAGAAAGACCAAAGCCGUCAAUGGAGCCGACAACGACCCCUUCCUCAAACCCAGCCUGCCUACAUUGCUGACUGUGGCAGAGUAUCACGAGCAGGAAGAAAUCUUCAAACUGAGACUGGGUCAUCUCAAAAAGGAGGAGGCAGAGAUCCAGGCGGAGCUGGAGCGGUUGGAGCGUGUGAGAAAUCUGCACAUUCGAGAACUUAAAAGAAUCAACAAUGAGGACAGCUCUCAGUUUAAAGACCAUCCAACCCUGAAUGAAAGGUAUCUACUGUUACACUUGUUGGGAAGAGGAGGUUUCAGUGAAGUUUAUAAGGCAUUUGACCUGUUUGAGCAGCGAUAUGCUGCUGUGAAGAUCCACCAGCUCAACAAGAACUGGAGAGAGGAGAAGAAGGAGAACUACCACAAACAUGCCUGUAGAGAAUAUAGAAUCCACAAGCAACUGGACCAUCCCAGAAUAGUCAAACUUUACGACUACUUUUCCCUGGACACUGACACAUUCUGCACUGUUCUCGAGUUCUGCGAGGGGAAUGAUCUCGAUUUCUAUCUGAAGCAACACAAGCUGAUGUCUGAGAAAGAGGCUCGCUCCAUCGUCAUGCAGAUAGUCAACGCCCUCCGAUACCUCAAUGAGAUCAAACCGCCCAUCAUCCACUACGACCUGAAACCAGGAAAUAUCCUGUUGGUGGAUGGGACAGCAUGUGGGGAGAUAAAGAUCACAGACUUUGGCCUGUCUAAGAUCAUGGAUGACGACAGCUAUGGCGUGGACGGGAUGGACCUGACAUCACAGGGAGCAGGAACCUACUGGUAUCUGCCACCAGAGUGUUUUGUCGUUGGUAAAGAACCUCCAAAGAUCUCUAAUAAAGUAGACGUUUGGUCUGUGGGCGUUAUCUUCUUCCAGUGCUUGUAUGGACGAAAGCCGUUUGGCCACAAUCAAUCCCAGCAAGACAUCCUUCAAGAGAACACCAUCCUGAAAGCCACCGAGGUGCAGUUUCCUGCCAAACCUGUGGCGAGCAACGAGGCCAAGGCAUUUAUCCGCCGCUGUCUGGCUUACAGGAAGGAGGAUCGCUUUGACGUCCACCAGCUGGGCAGCGAUUCGUACCUUCUUCCUCACAUGAGACGAUCCAAUUCGUCAGGGAACUUGCAGGCCAUGCCCGCAAGCCCCGCCUCUUCAGGAAUCAUCUCCUACUGAUUAGCUGAUUGAUCUUGAUUGACGGUUCUGAUGGCGAGUUCCCUCCCUUCAUCACCUCGGGUUGGACAGGAAGGGGGAGGGGCUAUAUAUGUCAGCUGUAGGACACGCCCACAGCAGCCAGAGCGACUGGCAUUGAUAUUGGGGGCGGGAAUGGCUGAUGUCAUUUCCUGUGUGGAUCCAGAUGUCAGUCAGAGCUAGAACCAUUUGAAAAUGGAUAUGCGUUUUCUACACAAGGCAUUUUGUGGAGUAGAUUUGGGAGGGUCGCGCUAACGUUUUAGCUUCUUGUUGAUAUCCUCCCUGAGCUACGCCUCCCUAACGGGGUGUUUUGUUUUGUGUAAGUGUGAAAUUUAGAGACUAUUAAUUGUAGUGUGAUUGGAAAUAGAAGAAUGAGUGUUUAAAUGUGACACAACCGUGUCUGUAAGAGAAAUUGUGUGUGUGCGCGCCUGUAAAUGGAUGUUUAACGCCACAGCGUUAUAUGUUGGCUGUUUAAAACGUACGUGUGUUGGGCAGAUUGCAAGUGUGUUUGUUACAAAAAUGCUUCGUCUAUUUUACUUCAAAAUAACAUGUAUGUCAGUUUGUUUAAAUAGGCUUAAUAUUUGCAAAAUGUGUAUGGGGGAAUCUCACCAAAAAUGUCCAGGUCACAUUUCACCCCAAAAUCAAGGGAAAAAAUUUACUUAAUUUACGUGAAAAAUAUUUUUUUUCUUUUUUUUUCGUAAUACAGAUUUUAGCUGAUUGUCAAAAACAAUAUAAUAUGAAGUAUUUUGUUGUUUUAUAAAAAUUAUAUAUUUGAAUGUGUGUUUGUGAAUGAAUUUUACAUAGUACACACACACACACUUAUGUAUAAAUAUAUUUGUAUAUAUAUGUAGUAGAAAUUUGUUUCCUGUAAUAGUUUAACAGUCAUGAAAACUGUCUUCUGUCCACACACACACACACACACACACAUUCUGUGAGGGGAAUGGAAAAAGUGUGUGCGUGCGCGCGCUUUCUAAAGUACUUUUUAUUUACAUCAGCAUGAGUUAAAGGCAAUAUAACAAAUACUAUGUGCAUAUACAAUGUGUUCUUCAUAUUACAGUGAGCAGUUUUCACCCAAAUAAAAUGGGGUUCUUCAUUUCUUUAGAUUUUGGAGUGGAAAAUGACCUGGACAUGUUGUUGAGCAGUCAUGAGAUUCACCUGUUUGUCCUGCAUGUAGGAGGAUUACCUUAAAAUCAUCUCCGUAGAACAGACCUCCUAAAGCAGCUGACAAACGUCACACGCGAUUACAUUAAUGAAUCGAUCCAGCCUGUGCAGGGUUUCAUAUUUUCUCAGUUUGUUAGUGACUUUUGUUGUCUGAUGCGGCGUCUUCGCUUCGCUGCUCCCUGACGUUGCUUUUAGUUUCGCAAUUUACUCAAGAUUAUGAUUCAGACCAAAUAUGAAUUUUCUUUACCAGGAAACCGCAUGAAUAAAUCUCCAUCGUGGUUGUGAAUGAGGUGUGUGUGUGUGAUGUGAGUGAUGAUUGACAGAACAGACGGAAGGUGGGCCGGACCCUGCCCUUGGAUAUUAACCCCUUCAUGCCAAGACCCAGUGCUGUCAUGUUGCUUAUCACCCCUCGCUGAACCCGGAGCCUGAGUCAGGCCAGCAUCUCCGAACGACGCAAUCGAACGCUCGAAGCUUCCAGAGUCUGUUUUCAGGGGAUGAAUCUCAGCUUUUGUUGUUUCCUCUCUCUAAAUACUCUUAAAAACCCCAGAAGCAGUUUUCAGCUCAACAUAUGGUGAUCCGUCUCCAAGUGCUGCUGCGAUUGUAGAGAAUGUAGCCAAAAGAGAAAUAAAGAUUUUUGAAAAUA